CCAAACUCUACAUUGUGUACAUCCAAUGACUUCCAGUUGAAGGUGGAGCUAAGCCAAAGAGAUCUUUACAGACCAUAUAAAUACUCCCAGUGUCCACUCUUAUGGCACCAGUAGUAUCUUACGUCAUAGAAACCGCUAGAAUGAGUCUCACAGCCAAGGACAAACAGAUCGUGACAGCCUUUUUUGGAAAGGUGUCUGGCAAAGCAGAGGAUAUCGGAAAUGAGGCUCUCUCUAGGACCCUGGUGGUGUACCCCCAGACCAAGACCUACUUCUCCCACUGGACGGACCUGAGCCCCGGCUCUGCUCCCGUCAAGAAGCACGGUCUGACUGUCAUGGGAGGCGUCCUGGAUGCCGUGACCAAGAUCGACGACCUGACCGAUGGUCUUCUGACGCUCAGCGAGCUGCACGCCUUCACCCUCCGUGUGGAUCCCGCCAACUUCAAGAUCAUCAACCACAACAUUCUGGUGGUGCUAGCCAUGAUGUUCCCUGCUGACUUUACCCCUGAGGUGCACGUGUCUGUGGACAAGUUCCUCGCCAAGUUGGCCCUGGCCCUUUCCGAGAAGUAUCGUUAAAAGGCGAGAAGAUAAAUCCUCUCGGUUUUCUGUGUUGAUCAUAAAAGUGCACGUGUUGUAUGAUAUGAAUCAUGGAAUAAAAAUACC